AUUAGCAUCAGGCAUAGAGUCCUGGGGGGGGGCAGAACAAGCCUGAGCUGUGUCCCAGAUAUCUGCCCUUGGCACUGUCUGGUUCGAGGGGGAUCAGUAUGGACUCUUUAUGGGGUACUAGAUUCACAUCCAGCAAGCCAGGUGCUUGAGGGGAGUGCUGAGUGCUGUGGGUGGCUGAAAGCCAGGACUCCUGGGUUCUAUCCUCAGCUCUGUGAAGCUGAUGGGGUCUCAUGGUUGGAGUGGGGAGGGCAGGGAGUCAAGACUCCUAGGUUCUCUCCCUGAAUCUGCCCCUGAGCUGUUGGCUACUCCCAUCUUAACCAGCCCUCUGACUUGUAUGAGACUCGCCUCCCUCUCCCCGAUCAUGUCCUUUGCAUAGAGACAAUAAGGCAAAAUACCCUAAAAUCCCAGUGGCAGCUCAGAUACCGACCCCCCCGGAAUAACCCCCUCCCCACAGAGCCAGCUGCUGCACCAUGCACAGGGCUGGGGAGAGGGGGCGGGGGGAGUUAAUGCUAGAGCAGGUGACUGAGGCUGGAGGCCAAGAGGAAGUUCAGGCUCCGACCCUUCCUCUUUAAACCGCAGCCAUGCCUGCCCCGUACCCAGCGAGCCCAUGGGGGUGGGGGGAGGAGUGGUUCAUUGUGGCUGGUUUUAUUUGAUUUUUGAAAAAUCCUCCUGCCAAGCGCCUUGUGAGGUGUGAAAUGAACUUCAGCUGCUAAUUAAGGGCUGGAAUGGCAGCUGUUUUGUGACUAUCACCCUCACCCUCGCCCACGUACGCCCAGCCCAGCCCCUCCAUCACUCUCUGCCGCUUGGCCAGGAACACGUUAAUAACCGCGUGUGGGAGCCACGGCGCUUCCCCUUCCCAUUACGGAUCCAGCCUGCGAGCUGCCCCGGCCUCAUCCAUCAACCUGCCACCUCGGCUUUGCUGGGAGCCGGAGCCGGGGAAGGAGUCGUCUCUGCUGCACUCCACAGGCCCCGUCUGCUAAUAACGCACCAAGGGGAGCAGCUGGGCCGGACGCCUUCACAACACCCCGACUUUGCCGGGAUGACAGCAGGAGGGGCCUGGCCAGAUCAGAGGAGAGCUCCUCCCCGGUCCCAGCGGUGCUGAUGAGACUAGAGACUGAAAUGCUAUGACUCCUUGGACAUGGCGAACUCCACCUCCUCCAGGGAGAAGAGGCAGCCCAUCGUGGAAUCGGACGGAGACCCACUAAACUCCUCCUGGCAAAUGUGGCCCUCGCCAGCCUGGAUCAGGGCAUCUGGCAGGUCCUACCCUGGCAAGACCGACUUGUCUGACUCUUUCGAUUCCUCCACCCAUGAGCCUCCCCUGCCCGCCCAGCCACCCGUCGGGGACGUCCCCCGCAGCUCGGAGAACCAAGAGGCCUCUCUCUUGAAGCCCGUCAGGCGUUUUAUCCCGCCGUCAUGGAAGAACUUUUUCCAAAGAUGGAGGCGAGAGCCCGAGCCGUUUCCGCCGCUGGCCUACGCCACUGCCCAGAGCUCCCCACCCGUAAGUCCGUUGUUAGAUCGCCGCGGGCCAGCCCGCGAUGGCAGCUCCAGCAGUGGUUUCCAGGAACCCCCCUGGUCCAGCCUCUCUGAGUGUAACCAGGAGACAGAGAUGUCUCCCCCCAAGAGCCAGCAGGGCCAACCUGCCUUGCCGAGCUAUGAGGAGAAGCUGGAGGCCUACAACCUCAAGUACUCCUACAUGAAGUCGUGGCCAGGCCUGCUCAGACUGAUGGCCGGGCUGGAGCUGCUCUUUGGCGGCAUGGUCUUUGCCUGUGUCUGUGCCUACAUCCAGAAGGACUACCAGUGGUACAACCUGUACGGCGGGAACCUGCUGUCGGAUGGCCUCUUUGGGGGGGGCUACGGGUACAAUUAUUACGGCCCCAUGACCCCCUUUGUGCUGGUAGUGGCCAGCCUGGCAUGGCUGGUCACGGUGAUCCUCUUGGGGCUGGGGGUCACCAUGUACUAUAGGACCAUCCUCCUAGACUCCCACUGGUGGCCCCUGACAGAGUUUGCCCUCAACAUCAUCAUGUUCCUCCUCUACAUGGGGGCGGCCAUUGCCUACGUCAACGACGUGAACCGUGGUGGCCUGUGCUACUCCUUGUUCGCCAGCAACCCGCUCAUAGCUGCCUUCUGCCGGGUGGAAGGGGGCCAGGUGGCGGCGAUUGCCUUCCUCUUCAUCACCACCCUGCUCUACCUGGCCGGGGCGCUGGUGUGUCUGAAGAUGUGGAGGCACGAGAUGGCGAGGAAGCAGCGAGAGGCCUUUGAAGCGCUACACAACCCCGUCCUCCUGCAAGCCAGACCCAAGCGGAUCGUCUUCCAGGAUGAGGUGAUGCCGUCCAGGAGCCUCCCAGGGAAGGUCACCAAACAGCUGGCAUUCUCCGAGAAGGGAGAGGAGUUGGGGGCCUUGAGUUGCUCCAUCCCAACGGGGCACACCCCGAAGCCGCACAUCGUCCCCGACUAUGUCGUGAAGUACCCGGGGAUCUGCUGCCCUGAGGAGAGAGAGAAGUACAAGGCCGUCUUCAACGACCAGUACGCGGAGUACAAGGAGCUCUACCACGAGGUUCAUGCGGCGCUGCAGAAGUUCAAGGAGUUGGACGCCGUGAUGAGCCGGCUGCCGUGUCUCACGCCCAGCAAGAAGGAACAGCGCCGGGUCUCCAACAUCUGGAAGGAAUACAAGAAGAAAAAGAGGGACCCCACCUUCCUGGAGAAACAGGAGCGCUGUGACUACCUGAAGAAGAAGCUUGUGCACAUCAAAGCACAGAUCCAGGAGUACGACCGGACAGCCAAGGAGGGCUCCAUGUACUUCUGAGCCUGGCACUUGCGGGGUGGCACCGUACCACCCCUGGGCUGGUCCCCAACAUCCUGGCCGCCAGCCUUGAAUUACUCUGGGGUUUGCCGAUGUCUGGGGGAUCUCGGCCAGAAAAAGAGCAUGAUACAGGACACAGGGGUACUCGGGGGCUGGAACAAUUUUUAUAGUGGGGGUGCAGAGAGCCAUUGAACCAAACUGUAAACCCUCUCUAUAAUGGAAACCAUUCCCAGCCAGGGGGUGCAGCUGCACCCCUAGUUCUAGCACCUAUGGGGGUGCUUGUGUCUUGUGGCCUCCUGUGCAUCACACACACACCCCAGCUGGGUCACAUGUGGGUCAGGCACCAUCCCUGCCCCGUGCUGCCCCCUCACCUGCUGGGGCUGGGAACCAGCAGUGCUGAUGUGCACUCUCCAGGUGGGACCGAAGCUGGGGGUGGGAGGAGUGGGCCCUCAGGCGGGUGGGGAGAGGUGCAUUGCUUCUGCUCACAGGAAUAGGUAAGCGGGUGCGCCACGCACCUGCUCUAGCCAGCAGCAGCCAGACCCAUCCUCCAGGCAGACCCUGGGGAGAAGCUGUGAAACUGGACAAAGCUUCUGGCUGAAGGGAACUGUUGUGGUGGGAGGAUAAAACACCCCCGGGCCUGGAUCUAUGCUCACUUCAUGCUGGUGUAAACUCGGAAGUCACGGAACUGAGGACAGUGGACUUGCACUGGUCUGAAUCAGGUCAUUGACUUCAGCGGGAGCAGGAUUGGGACCCUGACUCCUGUAACGUGAUCUGUGGCUGAAGCCCUGGGAGCCAGGCCGGAGAUUCUCUUACAUGCAUGACUUCAUCGCCACCCUCCCUUACUCUAUCUGCAAAGCAGCCGUCGGAGGAGGGGGGCAGCAUUCAUCUG